UAUAAAAAAACCAAAAAAGAAGAAGCAAACCGGUUUAUCCGUAAACCCAAAGAAAUGUUAGAUGAUUAAAUUACAGCACCAACAACCUAAAGCCACCACCAUCUCCAACCUGCUCCACCCUUCCUCUUCAAAACGCCAUCUAAUUGGCACUGCUACAAACUACAAUCCACAAAUCAAAACUCAACCUCAGCGUAUAAUAUUAUUAGCCAUUACUACUUCAACUCUCUCUCACACAGACAUUCUCUCUUCGACUGUGUGUGACGCACAAAAUGAAGCUCUCGGCGUUGCAGCAGAGCUACCUUAACCGCCGGAAUAACAGUUUCAGAGGAUCGUCGCAGUUGGAUUCCUCCGCUGACGGUUCCGUCAAGUCGCCGGCGACUAUCUUCUGGCUGGUCAUUCACGGCGUCUGCUGCCUCAUCAGUCUCGUCCUCGGCUUCCGCUUCUCUCGCCUCGUCUUCUUCUUUCUUUUCUCCACCUCCUCUACCAACCUCUACACUGUUCCGUUCCGCAGCACUGCCGAAAUCGCCGCUCCUCUCGACGUUUCUCCGAAUCCCGUCGCCAACCGAACGGCGCUGGUGGCUACCUCCACCAGCCGCGUGGUGGUCGGGCGGCACGGGAUCCGAAUCCGGCCGUGGCCGCAUCCGGAUCCUGUGGAGGUGAUGAAGGCGCAUAGGAUAAUUGAGAGGGUUCAGAGGGAGCAGAGGGCGCUGUUCGGAGUGAAAAACCCUAAGACGGUGAUUGCCGUCACACCAACCUACGUGCGCACGUUUCAGACGCUUCACUUGACCGGCGUGAUGCACUCGCUGAUACUGGUGCCGUACGAUCUGGUGUGGAUCGUGGUGGAGGCUGGUGGAGUCACCAACGAGACCGCUUCCGUUAUUGCCAAGUCCGGUCUCAGAGCCAUCCACGUUGGUUUCCAUCAACGAAUGCCAAAUUCAUGGGAAGCUAGGCAUAAGCUCGAGUCUCGGAUGCGCCUUCAAGCUUUAAGGAUUGUGAGAAAAGAGAAGUUAGAUGGAGUUGUGGUAUUUGCUGAUGAUAGUAAUAUGCAUAGUAUGGAGCUAUUUGAUGAAGCGCAGAAUGUGAAAUGGAUUGGGGCUGUUUCAGUUGGAAUACUUCUUCAUUCUACUGAUAAUGAGGAAUCUUUGUCUAUGGUUCAAGAAGGUGGUGAGGAGGAAGCUGCGUCGACGCCUGUGCAAGGUCCUGCUUGUAAUGGUACUGAUAAAUUGGUUGGGUGGCACACCUUCAAUUCGUUACGAUAUACGGGGAGAAGUGCGGUUUAUGUUGAUGACCGGGCACCUGUGCUACCCAGAAAGCUUGAGUGGUCUGGGUUUGUGUUGAAUUCCAGGUUGCUUUGGAAGGAUGUUGAUGGUAAGCCAGAGUGGAUUAAGGAUCUUGAUGCAUUAGAUGGAGCUGGUGAGGAGAUAGAGAGUCCACUGUCUUUGCUCAAGAGCUCCUCUAUGGUAGAACCACUCGGAAAUUGUGGACGUCAAGUUUUACUUUGGUGGCUGCGGGUUGAAGCUCGCACAGACAGCAAAUUUCCUUCUCGAUGGAUAAUUGACCCUCCUUUGGAUAUCACCGUCCCUUCAAAACGCACUCCAUGGCCAGAUGCUCCUCCCGAGCUCCCAUCUAAUGAAAAAGUGUUAAUUGGCACGCAAGAGCAGAUGAACAAGCCCUCUACAAAGACCAAAACACCAAGAUCCCGGCGCAGUAGAAGUAAGAGAAAGCAGAACACCAAAGUGAUAGGUGUGCAAAUCUCUACACAUUCCGAACAAAACUGAGAUGUUAUUAAGUACAUCUGAGGAAUUUAGUGCCCUGUGGAUACGUGACUGCUGGCCUUCGGCAACAAGAAUUUGAAUUUGACCAAAUGGAGAAAGCUGAUGUCUUACUGGGUACAUACGUCGGCAGCAUAACUUUUAUGGUGGACCGGCCAGCAUAUGUGCAUUCCAGUCUGAUUUCACCCAUUUUUUUUUUAUAUUGAUUUGUUUUCUUCUUUUUAUUGAAGGUGCCAUAUAUUCCAUUAUUCCGUUCGCAUUUGAAAGGUAAUGUCAUUUUGGUUUUGCAGCCUUGCAGGAAGCCUGUACCCAAAUUUAUUCGAUGUUAAUACAUAUUCUUCUCUAUAGGAUUAUACAAUUGUCUUUUACUUUUUUAACAGGCAGAUUUAAUUACUAACAGAGUAACUAUGUCCACAACUUCU